AUGUUCGCCGCCAGAAGCUGUGCUGCCUCGACGCGGCAGGUGCUGCGCACCCAGGCUCCUCGCCGUUUCGGCUCAUCCCACGCCCACGCUGAGCCCGUGAACGAAGGCGUCGGUCGCAGCUUCUACAUCACCGCCGGUAGCAUUGUCUCCGCAUACCUCAUCUACCGCUUCACCAAGGCGCAAAAGGAAUCCGGCUCGGAGUCGUUCAUCUCCGACCUCAUUGCCAAGUGGUCGCCUUCCCAAGAGGCCUUUGAACAGCGUAACGCCAUUCACACCGCAAUUAUGGAGAAGGCCGCCGAGGACCGCCACCUGCUCCAAAGUGAAGGACCCCGCGAAUUCGUUCCCUUGAGACAGAAUGAUCUGUUCAACGUCGCCCCUAUCAUCAACCUUGCCCCCGGCUCCCAGGCUGACCUGAGCAAGGUCAUUGCCCACUACGAGCGCGAGAACCGGGAGACCGAGAAGGCCCGGGUUGCUCGGACACAGGUCUAA